AUGGUAGUUGGGGUUAGCGCAACUUCUGAUGACAUCUUUAUAAUAGACUCAGCUGGUGCAACUGGUGAAGGAACUUCAAUUGAUGGCACUGCUGGCGACAUUUGGUCGUCCAAAUGUUCUUCUAAGACUGCUAUACUAGCUAUAAAUGAUGCUAGGAUGUUGAUCAAAUACUGUGGAGCCUGCUGCGGCUCAUGCUCUAAAGCAGCUUGCUCUUUUCAUCCUGACAUCUACGAUUUUCCAAAUAGAGCUUAUAAGACACAGAACAAUAAUCUUAUUGGAGAAAUCCCAGCAUCUAUCUGCAAAGCACAAAAUCUCCAAGUCCUCGACUUGUCUGGAAAUAGUUUGAGUGGUUUAAUCCCUUCGUGUCUAUUUGAUAUCAAAUCUCUCUUUGACUUGAAUCUAAAAGGGAACCAACUUCAAGGGGAAAUUCCUAAACAUUUUAGUAAAGAAUGCAUGCUAGAGGCAUUGAUCCGCAGUGACAAUCAUUUGAAAGGACAAAUGGUUGACAUCACUAUUCUAGUUCUUCGAGGAAAUGCACUUUGUGGGAAAAUCAAAGUUACAGAAAUUCCUGAGGCAAAUAACAUAUUUUUAAAAUUGCAGCUAUUUGAUCUUUCUUCCAAUCACUUCAGUGGAAAUUUGCCUUCAAAUUAUUUCAACAAUCUAAAGUCCAUGAUGAAUUUCUUCACUAUGAAUCAAGGUGAUGAUAUAACUGAUGAAGACAGAUAUCACUAUGAAGUUUCACUCACAACUAAUGGGUAUGAAUAUACCUUUCAGAGAAUAUUAGUGAUAUCAUAUAUGUUUAUGGAUUUCUCAAAUAACAACUUUGAAGGUAAUAUUCUUGAGGUGAUCGGUAAACUCCAAAGCCUUUACAUAUUGAAUUUAUCACAAAAUUCUCUCACAGGAGAGAUUCCUUCAGUAAUUGGAAAUAUGAGACAACUUGAAAGAUUAGAUCUUUUUACAAACCAUUUGUCUGGAUAG